UUACCUCAAUACCUUUGGCUGGUGGUGGGGUUACUGGGGACUUGGGAGGGUGUACUGGGACCAAAUACUUCAGUUCCCGGGCACGCAGCACUGUCUGUGGACCAUCGAGAUGGACGGGAUUCAAGUUCCAGUUCCACCCGUCGACCCACGGUCACCGCCUCCUUACCCCCCUCCGAGCAAGAGAAGAAGAACAAGAUAUGCUCAUCAGCCGCGGCCGUUUCCCCCGGGGUAUGCUCCGCAGUCCCCGCCUCCUCCGGGAUCUACAGCGAAUUUCUCUGGCUUGAAAUCGCCGCCGGCGUUACUCCUCUGCACAGAGGCCGCCCGGAACAUCCUCCUCCCUCCAGAUGGCACGGCGUCGAAGGCUGCCGACUGCAUAAUGAACGCCUCUGCUAGUGACUCUGCGUGGCAAUAUAAGAUAUGUGAUUCGUCGGAGAAUCAGAUCGCAUUGGAAGCCUCAAACUUUACUUCUCAAACAAGAGGGAAGUUGAAGGGGUCCAAAAUCAUACUGGAAAGAGUGAUGGAGGAUAUGGUCAAGGCUAAGGGAGAACACCUGAAGAGUUAUGACAGAUAUAUAAAAGAAUUUCACAAAAGGAACAAUCAAAUUCAUCAGGAAAAGCUGGAUAUGACCCAACGAGAAAAGCUCAGUCUGCUUAAGUUUGAUGAAGCUGAAGGCUAUCUUUGCAUUGUCCAAGACGCAAAGUGUGACCAUGUUAUGCAACUUAGGCGGGAAACUGAGAAAUGUUUAUCCCGGUUACAAGUUGACAACUCUUUGGAUGGCAGUGGACCUUAUGUCUUUUUGAAGAAAAUUGAAGAUGAGAUCUACGAGCCGCAGAUCUGCUCGGUACUCAACUCUGUUAUGGAGUUGACGAAUACAUGCAACCAGAUACAUUAUAGCCAACUUCAUAUUGAGGAGAUUGAGGGUUAUCUGCAUAGUCACUAUCUGCCAUUUGUUGUGAGGCUCGCUGAAAAAAUUGAAAGGUUGGACAAAUUCAUAUCCAAACUCAAAGCUACUGGCCAUAGGGUUGAGGAUUGUGCACCUGGUCUCUAUCUUCCUUCUGUUAUGAGGCUGGGUGCAAAACUUGAAAUGCUGGAGACAUUGGUAUCCAAACUAAAAGCUGCUUCCCAUAAGUCCGAUUAUCGACAUUUCCAAGAAGCUCUGCGCAAAUGUAUUUCACUUUACAAUGUGGCAACAACUUCAAGCCGGGCCGUGCUGAUCCUCAAGCAGUGCAGACUGACAGAAGACAAGCAUGCAGAGCUUCUGCCUAUUGAGUGGACAGACAACAUCUGACUAUGUACGCUGACAGUUGUGAGCCGAAAAGUUAGCGUCUCGUUGCAAACUUUUUAGGUGAAGCUGCUGCGUUAACUUGAUUGACCAACAUUAGAGUUUCAUUUUGAACU